AUGAAAUUCCAGAAGGCUAAUUCGGAGCUCUCCUCCACAUCUUCUUCUCCGCAAGAAAAAAACACAAAAGGAAAAAUCCAGAAUCAGAUAACGGAUAUUCUUUCAUCAUCUUCGUGUUCUUCGAUCUUAGACGUUGCCAAUUUCCACUUCUUCCUUGUGGGGGUUCUGCACCAAAACAGCCGCCGAAAGGUGUUUCGUGACUCUGUGUCGAUGGCGGGAUCAGAGAAAACCGCGGAGUUCUCCGGGAAGCCGAAAUCGGCCACGCCGUCGACGUUUUUCAACAGGUCGCUUACAAUUCACGGGAGAACGGUGGAUUCGAGCCCCAAAUCCCACAGCCUCAAUCCUUCUCUGAAUCGUACGACCUCCAUCACCAAAUUCUACAACCCCGUGGAAACAGUGGGGAGCUCUCUUAAAGGAAAAGUCAAGAACCUCUGUAGAUUAUUUGAAGUUUCGAAAUCGGCGAAACCGACCUCAGCUGAUAUCCCUCAGAAGCAGAAAUCAGGGAAGUCGCUUUUAUCGGAGUCGCGGAUAUCACCGUUUUUGAGCUUAAACAACUCGGUGAUUCGUCUUCCCGGGACAGAGGACAGGAUCGUGGUGUAUUUCACUAGCUUGAGAGGGAUUAGACGGACGUACGAGGAUUGUUAUGCCGUGAGGAUGAUAUUUAGAGGGUUUCGGGUUUGGAUAGACGAGCGUGAUGUGUCGAUGGAUUCAGCUUACAGGAAAGAGUUGCAGAUCACAAUGGGCGAGAAAGGUGUGGCUUUGCCUCAGAUUUUCAUCAUGGGCAAGUAUGUGGGUGGUGCUGAUGUGAUCAAGAGUCUGUUCGAGAUUGGCGAGCUGGCCAAGAUCCUCAAGGAGUUUCCGGUGAGGGAGCCAGGGUUUGUGUGCCAUUGUUGCGGGGACGUGAGAUUCCUUCCGUGUUCCAACUGUAGUGGGAGCAAGAAACUGUUUGAUGAGGAUGAAGAUAGGCUCAAGAGAUGCCCGGACUGCAAUGAGAAUGGAUUGAUACGCUGUCCUGAUUGUUCAUCUUGA